GUAGCUGAUGCUUUUAUCCAAGUCAGCUGAGAACAAUGAGCACGUACAGGACUUCCGUGUCUUGCUCAAGGACACUUCGGCAGCAGCUUUUUACACUCUCUCCCUCUCCCUCUCUGUAAAGGAGCAGUCCGGCUUUGCCCUCCCUCAAGAUUUUAAACCGUGACGUAUUUACUAACGGGGACACGCGAGUUUUCACACCGGUGCUCCAUCUGCUUGCGAGGGCGACUAUUUGGGAGAUAAACUGCGCCUCGCUCUUGAGCCGCUCCGACCGUUUUCUCUCCGUUAUCACCCGCACUUGUCAACAAGCUUAUACCAUCUUCUGUCUCCUCAGUCCAUCUCUGCCACCGGGAGGAAAAUAGCGGGAGUUUGCUCUUAAACCUGCAAGAUUAAACUUGAGAGUACAAUUUCCUCUGGAAGUUUUUUGGACACGUUUUUUUCCCCCAACAUUUAAAGUGACAUUUAGCCGAACACCAAAGGCGCAGAAAGAUGCUGGAUCGUUGUAACCAAACUGUUUUGUCAUUGCUCUUUGGAUGCCUGGUUGGUCUUUUCGUGGCCUCUGUUGUAAACGCAGACGGUCGAGUGUUUGUGUUGGACCUGAGGAACUCCUCUGGCCUGCAGGGUUUCAGAGAUGCUGAACGGGCUUGUGCCUCACAACACGCCCGCUUGGCAUCAGCAGCGGAGCUCCGUCAUGCUGUGUUGGAGUGCUACUUCUCCCCAUGCACCCGUGGGUGGCUCUAUGGAGGCACAGUUGGGACCACAGUGUGUAAUAUUGUGGGCGGUACACUGAAAGCAGUGGAUGUGAGAACAGAAAAUGCUACAGAGGAAACAGCACACCUGGACGCCUUCUGCAUCAAAGACAAAGGUGUGGCGUGUGGUGAUCCUCCAUCCUUUCCAAAUGCUCGUAUGCAGGGACACAGUGACUUGGAGAUGGGCGACGAGCUGCUGUACACAUGUGUGCCGGGUUAUGUGAUGUCCAGUGGACACAGUGCCUUCAGCCUCCUGUGCGACAGCUGUGGAGAGUGGUAUGGACUGGUGCAGGUUUGUGUCAAAGAUGAGACUGAGAGUCACGUGGACUAUGAGGACAAGUUCACAGAUUCCUAUGGAGGGGCAGAGCACCACAAUGAGGGACCAGAGGAAGCUCAUGGCGAAGUGUACGAGGAGGUGCAUGGAGCAGCAUAUCCGGAGGGGAAGAGGACUCAGGAGCAGGAAGGGACAAGCUUCAGUUUCGAGGGAGAGGUGGAGCAUCAAGACCAGCGUGGAGAGCAGGAAGUGGGAGGAGAGGUGACUGAGCACGGUAGGAAAUUUGAAGGAGCUAUAAAAGCAGGAGAGAAAGACAAGGAACAGGCUGCUGAGGACUUAAUAGGCCAUCCGAGGUGGGAACAGGAGAGGAAGGAGGUGGUCAAAACUGAUGCCACAGAGGCACCUGUCUCUCUUCUCUCCCAGAAACACCUCUUCUGGUUCCCCUCUGAGGCCUUUCAGCAGGAGGGUCACCCGGUCUCCACCAGUCCUGUCACACAGACUACGCAGAGGGCUUCGGGUGCCCAAUCAGAUGAGAGUAAAGAGCAGGAGAGCCAAGAAAGGCAGCCCCACCAGCUUCCUGUUGAUGAUCAUGAUCAUGAUCACGAGCAAGACAGCUAUGCCGAUCACGACACAAAUGACCGAGAUGAUCAUGACAACAGCCACCAUGACGACCAGGACGUCCAUGACGACAGCCACCACGAUGAUCAAGAUGACCACCACAGUCAUCAGGACGAAGAUGGCCAUGAUGAUGAUUCGAAACAUUACAUUUCAGCUCAGGAUGAUGAUCUGGACAGACGUGGUCGCUAUGAAAAUCAUGAUGACCGUUAUGACCAUUAUGACAUGGGUGAACAUGAAGAUGAGCGUGAUCAUGUUCGCUACGGUAGCCAGGAUUAUGAUGAUCGAGAAGAUACUUACGAUGAACACGAAAGCUACGAGGAUCACGAGGAUGUGACAGACGAUCACACUGACGAUGAUCAGGAACAUCCUGAUGGUUUGGAGGAACAUCCAGACAGUCGCGACCACGAUGACGGCAAGGAACAUUACGAUACAAGUGAAGACGAUCAUGACCACGACAAUCUCGAUGAUCAUGAGCACAUUGACCAUGACAGCUAUGACGACCAUGACAGCCAUGAUAGCCAUGAAGAUAAUGACGAUGGCCAUCCGCAUGUCAUCUUUUCUAUAGAAACAGAUGAACGUCAGAAUGUCACCCAGAAGGGAGCAGAAGGAGCAGCCACCACGGAUGAGACCUGGCUGGACGGGUACCCAGUCGCUCAAGAGGAAACUGAAACAAGUGACUCCACAACAGAAAGGGUGGGACCAGAAGAUAGAGAGGGGGGAACUGUUGUCAGGACAACAGACAGACCCAAUGAGGUGGAGAAGCCUGCCCCUUACACCAGUUUACCAGAGAUGCCUGAGUCUCCCACUAAUGACUCUGACUUAGAGCAAGGCGGAGUGGUGCCUCGCUUGAUCCCCACUGCUGCUCCUUCUCCUGACAAGCCAGAGCCCUCGAACUCCGACACCCUGGAAUACGACACACAACAGGCAGCUCCUACCCACUCCUGGAUGGGUGACCUCACCGAGCACCCCUUUCUCAAUCAUGGCCCGGCCCCACCUGUGCACGAUGGCGACGUCAUCACCGGAGCGAUGGAGGAACACACUGUGCACAACCUGCCCGGCGAGACCGGCGAUAGGGGCGAGGUGGAAGGAGAGAUGGGGGAGGCAAUCUGUACAGGUGAGGACUGCCCUCCCCAUCCUCCCAGCUCUUCCAGCCGAGGUCCCACGGUGGCAGCCAUAAUCGUGGCAGUGUGUGUGAUCGCUGCGGCGGUCAUCGUCGGGGUGUGGUGUUACCGGCGGCAACAGCAGAAAAGCUCAAUGUACAAGAUGAAUGGGAAGGGGCAAAGUCAGACCAGACAGGGCCAACAGAUAGAGAUGCAGCAAAAAGUUUAGGAGAGAGCUAAAGAGAGAGGGAUGGACACUGACGGAGGGCAGAGACAUUUGGGAAUUUGGGAUGAUUCAGAGGAAUUUGAGCGGAAAGCACAGCCCCUCAUCUUGCUAGACACUACUGCAUAUUUGAAGAUUCUGGAUAGGUAUGAAGAGAUGAUUUGGACCACGAAGCAGGUGUGAAAGGCAAAACCUUACCUGUGUGAAAAUAUAGUAAAUAUAGUAAAACAACAAGAACUGAUGCUCAACAAAGUGAAAAAAGAUUAUUUGUAAGGAAUUUUACUCAUCUUUGUCAUACCUACCCAUUAUUUUCAAAGCUCUGGCAUCUAGCUGGACAGGUGGAGGGACUGUGCCUGGACUGGACUCAGCCCCAGGAAGGAGAUUAUAAGGAAAUGACCAUGUAGGAAAACCACAACAGAGGGCACAUCUGCCUGAAUAUAUGAACUGAGACUUCAACCUCCAACGCUCUUGGACAUUCUUUUGUGUUACCUUGCUGUUGUUUUUGAUGGUUUCAUUGACUGCUCUGUUAAUUGUCGAUGUGUAUUGUUCUGGAUUUGUCAAUCUCAAUCUUCUCUUCUGUUUAUUGUGUUGAUAAAAACUGUAUCCCACUCCAGGACAAGAGCGCUGAAGUUCAGAACACUUUCAGAUCAUUGCAGCAGAUUUGCUCGUCCCAAAUGAACGACCCGUCUUGUAUUAGACUAGCAUGAAAGAAAAAAAGGAUGAUGAUGAUGAUUAGAGCAGAUGAAAGAGUAUAAUGAGUGGUAUGAAGAAAAGUGACGGGGGAAGAGUAGAAAAAGUGGCAGAUACAAAACGGGGAGGUGUGAGGAGUGAAAGGAUGACAGGAUACAGAUUUUCCUGUCCCUGUUGGUUUUGACAGUGGUUUGGUGGGAGAUUUAGAGUGGGUGUCCAGACUGCAGACUCAGCCCCUUUGUGUGCAUGUGUGUGAGUAUAUGUGUGUGUGUGUGUGUGUGUGUGUGUGUCUCAGGUCCGUGCAAUAUACCGGUCAGCGGUUGAAGUUCCCGACUGAGGAACCAGAGAGCAUGCCGACGGUUUUCAGGCCGACCAGAGAUCAAACAUUGUGGUGUUGCCAUGGCAACAAAGAUAACCUAAGAACACAAUCACAAACGUUAUAAUUUAAAUUUGAGUUAUUAUGAAUAGUUUGAAAUAAUCUGACUGCUGUCGGUGUAAUGCAAAGUUAUUAUUUUUCUCAUGAAAAUUCAAUCAAAAUUGUUAUUAGAUUUCUAAAUAACUUGUGGAGUUGGAGCGCCAAUAACAGGACUUUAGGUAAAAUCUAAGGCUGGACCACAUGUUCUAAUAUGUGUAUCAUAAUAAAUUGUUGUAUUUACCUUACCUAUAAUGAUAAAUGUAAAGUGAGACAUUCAUCAGUGGAUGAUAUUUACUUUCAUGAGUUCUGAUGUUUGUCCUGACUGUAGAUUUGUAUGUUUCUGUAAUAUUUACACUUGCUGUUUCCAUAAUGUGCCAAAUACAUGAAAUACACACGGAAAAAUAGAAAAGUUCCAACAGUAAAAAAAAAGGGCAAAUGUAAAUAAAUUCAAAUAGCCAUGAGAGGGUUUAAACUUAAAGAUUAGAGUUUGUAAUUCAUGUGAUGUAUAAAGAUAAACUGUAUGGCAAUGACUUCAAUAGAAAGAGCUUUAUUGUAGGUGUGUCAGUGUUAGUGGGUGUUAUCUAGUAGACAAGGUACUUUAUGGUGUCGUCAGUUGUAAGUAUAUGUCCAACUUUCCAAAACAUCCAGUGUUCUCAGCUGGAUUAUAAAAAGCUUUUUUAGAUGUGUUUUCUAAUCUGGUUAUGAAAUAAGGAUUUGGUGGAUUUGGGUUUAGUCAAAAACAGCCAAUUUCUAUUCCUAAAUUCAAACUGAUAAAAAUUAUUUCCACAUUGUAGUAUCUGAGAGUGGAGUAAUGAUCUAGUGAGGUCAUGGGAAAUAAAGUAUCUGUAGAAUUUUUUUUUUUCUUUAAUGAUGUGUUUUAUGUAUUUUUACAUAUUUCCAAGACCUUAAUGGUCCCAAGAUGUUAAAAAAACAUAACCCCUCCCCCAAACACACACAAGACAUUCAAUAUAAAACUAAAUAAUAAAAUCCUGAAAUCCAAAAUCAUAUCACCACAAAUUAAAUAAAAAACAAUAAUAAUGCUCACAUCAAAACAACAAGGAUAAUUUGAUGGCUUUUGUUAAAAUGUCCUUGAAAAAAUUCCUUGUAAAUCUGUGACCAACACUCUUAUAAGCCCCUUUCCUCUUUCAACAACUGGAUGUGUAGCGGAAAGCUUUUCCACAACACCAUACAGUCUGUUUCUGUAAAUAUGAACCUCUGACUAUAAUAACUUUCUGUUUCAGAUUGUAGCAUAACUGGUGUCGAGAAAAUGGGACAUAUCUCUCUUCACCAGGACAGUCGAGCUCGGUUGAUAUUAGACAUUACCUCUUCAGGUCUUACACAGGGUCAGCUAAUCUCCACUCUACUCAAAAUCUACUCCACUGCCUUUUACUUCACCUACCACUCCACACUGCUGUUGAAACACAAGUACUGUACUCCUGUCGUCAGCUUUUGUCCAUGCUUGAAGACUGAAAAUAAUCAUAGAGAAAGUUAAAAAUACCGAGAUUACAUUUGGGAUCACUCGAGUUACAUGCAAAACCAUGAGCACAAGAUUUGAAAGAAAGCAAGUAUUAAAAAAGGAAAACAAGAAAAGUGCUACUAUUUCAUCAUGUCUGUUUCUUCUUCAUCUCAAAGUGCCUGAUGAGUGUGAUGUCAGGAUGAAGUGUGUACUGUGUAUGUGUUCUGUAGGCCACAAUAAACUCCUAAACAUGUGACUAUGGGGUUAUUAUUACACUGUACACAACUUUGUGUUUUUUAUUUCUGUCAGGUUCACACAUAUCAGACCAUGGUCACUUUUGGUGACAUUACAUUAAUUUCCUGGAGACUUACCUUAACCCUAACCAUCACCACUACUUUCCUAACCCCAACCUUAACCACUCACCCAAAAAUCAUCUUUUUCCCAACUGAGGACACGGCUUUUGUCCCCAAUUGGUCAAGUCAUCCCCAGUUAACUGGUCCUAAGUUUGAAAUCUGUCCCCAAAAGUAGCCUAUGACAGACACAACGGACGCAUUCACACACACUGUAUUUCAGAUUUCACCAGUGAGUGUGUGUGUGAACAGUGCUUGACCUUUUGUCAAAUCUCGAGGUGUGACUAUGACCUGUGACCUUCACUCCUGACAAUCAGGCUUUUAUCUUAAUUUUUAACCAAUGUCCCUUCCACCAGCCAUAAUCAUCUACUUCUCUGUGACAUGUUCCAAAAAUGUUGAAAAACAAUAAAUGAAAGGAGAUGAUAGAUAAGUACGGGCGAGGGAGAAAUAAUAAAACACAUACAGUAAAAACAGGCAGGACAGAAAGCGGACGCAGAGUCAGAGAAACAGUAAGACAGAGGGAAUGUUCCUCUGUGGGUUUUUAACAUCGCUGUGUGAUAAACUGCACAGAGACUCAAUGUUCAAACAUUAUUAAACAACUCAGUGUUUCCUCUGGCUGUCUCUCUCUGCUCAGCACAGCCCUCCAGACCUGAUCAAGUCUAAAAAGGACCCAUGCUGUUCAACUCCAUCCACUCCUUUCUAUCAUCUCUCUGGGAAUUUUUAUUGGCGUCUGAG